AUGGUUCGGGGCACUGCCUCGGGCCAGCCCUCCCUGAGGGGCAGCAGCUCCGUGCAGGCCCACAGAGGGCGGGCGGCUGCGGAGCGGCGACGCUGAGGACCCCCGGGCCUGGAAGAGGAAAGAGAGGGGGAAAGGGAAGGGGCCGGGCAGGGGAGGAGGUGGCGGUGGUGCCGCUCCGCCCCGCCCGCCCCUCGGCACUAUUUGGCGGGAACUCCGCUUGCUUUGGCGGGAACUCCGCGCUUUGGCGGGCUCGGCAGAGGCGCGCAGCCGGAGCCCAGAAGCCGCUCGCCAGCCAUGCCCGCCGACGGGGAGCUGCUGAGCGGCCCCGCCGCCUGCCCGGAGCCCGGCGAGCAGCAGUACCUGCAGCAGGUGCGGCACAUCCUGCAGCACGGCCACCGGAGAGAGGAUCGCACCGGCACCGGCACCAUCUCCGUGUUCGGCAUGCAGGCGCGGUACAGCCUCAGAGAUCAGUUUCCGCUGCUGACAACGAAGAGGGUGUUCUGGAAGGGAGUGCUGGAGGAGCUGCUGUGGUUCAUCAAGGGUUCUACAAAUGCCAAAGAGCUCUCUGCAAAAGGUGUGAAGAUUUGGGAUGCCAAUGGGUCCCGUGAGUUCCUGGAUAAGCAGGGCUUCAGCACCAGAGAGGAGGGUGAUUUGGGACCAGUGUAUGGUUUCCAGUGGAGGCAUUUUGGAGCAGAAUACAAAGAUAUGCAUACAGAUUACUCCAACCAAGGAGUUGAUCAGUUGCAAAAAGUGAUUGAAACGAUCAAAACCAAUCCAGAUGACAGAAGAAUCAUUAUGUGUGCUUGGAAUCCCAAAGAUAUCUCACUGAUGGCUUUGCCUCCAUGCCAUGCCCUUUGCCAGUUCUAUGUUCUAAAUGGUGAAUUGUCUUGCCAACUCUAUCAGAGGUCUGGAGACAUGGGACUAGGAGUGCCUUUUAAUAUUGCCAGCUAUUCACUGCUCACGUACAUGAUUGCCCAUGUCACAGGGCUGAAGCCUGGAGAGUUCAUACACACCUUAGGAGAUGCUCACAUAUAUCUGAACCAUGUGGAACCUCUAAAAGUCCAACUUCAGAGGGAGCCAAGACCUUUCCCCAAACUCAGAAUUCUUCAUGAGAUUAAAGACAUCAGCGACUUCAAGGCAGAAGACUUCCAGAUUGAAGAUUAUAAUCCUCAUCCACCUAUUAAAAUGGAGAUGGCUGUCUGAUGCUAUAAACCAGCAUUAAAUAUUAACCUGGAAAUGUACCUAACCUACUUAGAUUCUCUAAAGUGGUGGGGCUUUUGUAUACUUCAAAAGGUAUUUACUUUAUUGUUAAAUAGUCACAGACCAGAUUUGCCUUCAGUGCUGCUCCCUGUAGUUGUACAGGACAGGUGAUUAUUCCUGAUAUGCCAUGCAGAUGUUAACCCAGUUUUAAGUUGUUAGAGAGCUGCUUUUCUACAUAUUAUUUUAGGUGCCAUUGUCCAUUUCUGUUACCAUUCAGCUACUGUGUGAGUAGCACGGGUUUACAUG